AGCUCGAUACAAGCCCAGCGCCAGCUCGUGUCCUACAUCUCCUACGAACUUUGAAUACUGACUGUCCCCAGUCAGCGGUAUGCGGGAAGACUUCACCAAAUUUGCGGGUUUCUAAGUCACGUGACCAGCGGGAAAUGCGGCUGAGACUUUCUCGCAAUUUCUGCAUAUAAACCCGAGCCCUUGACAACUGCGCUUCUCUUCUUUCAUUCUUUUCCCCUUCAUCUAAUCUCACUAUGGUGUUCCCCUUUGACACUGCACAAGUCUUAUCUCCUGAGGCUGAGUCUCUCCAGCGCAGAUUUUCGGAACUUCGGCAAAAGAUGGAGGCCAAAUUGAAGUGCAUACCAGAUGAUAGGCCGGAUCUCAUGGUGGAAAAGGAAGAAUGGUGCAGGAGAUGGAACAAGAUUUCGUCCGAUAUCGGAAUCAUUAUAGCGGCCGGAAAGGAUAAGGGUGUCGCACUUGCGUUGACUGCGGAGGAUGUUGCGAGGGGUAAGGAACUGGUGGGGAUUCAUGAUCGCUUCGUGGAACAGCUGCAUGCGCUCAAGGAAAUGGCCGCGCGUCAGGCCGAAAUUUCCGAACCUCAAGGCGCACCUGCGGAUGUCUCGAUGGAAGGUGAGGGCGAUGAAGAAGAAGAUGCGGACGGCGAAUCCGAAGUUCUGAUUAAGCGGCCGACUCGGGUGCGCAAGGCAAAGCAACCUGCGCCGAAGGAUGAUGAUUCUGAUGAUGGGAUGAUCCUUCACGACCCUCCCUGCGACCGCUGCGCUAAGCGUGACACCGAAUGCUUCGGACCCGAAAAACGCGGGUGUACAGAGUGCCGGAACUCUAAACAGGCAUGUUCCUAUUCUCGCAUUGCGCGCGCCAAGGGCAAAGCAUCUGCGCGUCGGCCGAUGGCGGCUUCCAAAGUUCGGGUCGGGUCUUCGCUCGGAUCCGAACCUCCUAUUACGAUUUCCGAUGGUGAAGAUAUGCCAUCCGCCUCGCGCAUUUCGAAGGCAAAGCCGGUGGUGCUGAUUCAGGGUAGGAAAAGGAAGUUGGCGGAUGUAGAGGAAGAGGAUUUCGCACUUGCGGAUUCGGGUUUGAGCGGAGAGGACCUGAUUUUAGCGGGUAAGCUUCAGGGUGUUUAUGCGAAGUUUCGCACUAUCCAGGGGCUGAUGUCCGAAGUUGCGAAUGAGUUGGACAUGAUGCGGGCGCAUGUCACCAAAAAGGCGCGUUUCUGAAUACUCUGUCUCUUUCAAUUUCUUUCUGCUUCUGUACUACCAAUUAGUGUUUCUCCUAGCUGUACAAUGUAUUCCGCGUGUUUUCCGAAUGUCAAAGCGUGAUGUCCGAUGAA